UGAGAGGAGGGGCGGGGACCCGACAGCGCGCCUGGAGGGGGAGCGGAGAAAAGAGACCAUAGACUUUCACCUGGGCCUAGAACGUCUCUUAAAGUAGCGUGGGGACAGGCAGGCGGGCGGGCGGGGACCACCUUCAGAGCUGGCCGCCGGCGGUAUCAUGGCGACCCGGAACCCCCCUCCCCAAGAGUACGAAAGCGAUGACGAGUCUUACGAAGUGUUGGAUCUAACUGAGUAUGCAAGAAGACACCAUUGGUGGAAUCGAGUGUUUGGCCACCGUUCCGGACCUAUGGUUGAAAAAUACUCAGUAGCCACCCAGAUUGUAAUGGGUGGAGUGACUGGCUGGUGUGCGGGAUUUUUGUUCCAGAAGGUUGGAAAGCUUGCAGCAACCGCAGUAGGUGGUGGCUUUCUUCUACUCCAGGUUGCCAGUCACAGUGGCUAUGUGCAGAUUGACUGGAAGAGAGUUGAAAAAGAUGUAAACAAAGCGAAAAGACAGAUUAAGAAACGAGCAAAUAAGGCAGCACCUGAAAUCAACAAUAUAAUUGAAGAAGCAACAGAAUUUAUCAAACAGAACAUUGUGAUAUCCAGUGGCUUCGUGGGAGGCUUUCUGCUCGGCCUGGCAUCUUAAGGAGAUGAAUGUUCGGUCACAGUGGAGUCACCUUUACGAAGAGAACGGUGGCAACAAGGUGGCUUGUCAACAUUACCCCCCAUCAGAUUCUCCAGGGCAGCAAGAAACAGCUAGGUGGGCCCCACCAGACUCAUGACUUAGUGCUUUGCCGUUGAAGUUUUGGCAAACUAGUAUCCGCUGUGAAAACAGCCUGUGUGGUUAUGUGUACAGUAGUAUUCCUGAGCAAAACAUGGCUUUCAUUUAUUUUUUUAAUAUUUGCCUUUGUUUUUAAAUUAGGCUAUAAAGUACCCCCCUCGGAUGUAGAUAUACAGAGAAAAAACUAACGUGCUGGAUCUAUCUCCCCGUGAAAUUUUAUCCUUAUUUUAUUGAAAUAAGAUGUUCUUCAUUUUGCUUUGUAGUACAGUGCCGGUAAUUAAAACUUUGUCUUACUGCCUCCACGUUAA